AUGAGCACGACUCAGGCCAACGACGCGGAGAAGAACAUCGAGAUAUGGAAGGUGAAGAAGCUGAUCAAGCGGCUCGAGGCAGCGAGAGGAAAUGGAACAUCCAUGAUUUCUCUCAUUAUCCCCCCAAAGGACCAGAUUUCUCGAGCCGCGAAGAUGUUGGCUGAAGAAUUUGGCACGGCAUCAAAUAUCAAAUCUCGUGUCAACCGUCUGUCAGUUCUGUCAGCCAUUACGUCUACGCAGCAGCGUCUGAAAUUGUACAACAAGGUCCCUCCGAAUGGUCUUGUCAUCUAUUGUGGUGAAAUUAUCACAGCGGAAGGCAAGGAAAGGAAGAUCAACAUUGACUUCGAGCCGUUCAAGCCGAUCAACACGUCUCUGUAUCUUUGCGACAACAAAUUUCAUACCGAAGCUCUCAGCGAGCUGCUCGAAUCUGAUCAGAAGUUCGGUUUUAUAGUCAUGGACGGCAAUGGCGCACUCUUCGGAACGCUCAGUGGCAAUACCAGAGAGAUCAUCCAGAAAUUCACUGUCGAUCUUCCCAAAAAGCAUGGUCGUGGUGGUCAAUCCGCGCUACGUUUCGCUCGUCUCCGAGAGGAAAAACGCCACAACUAUGUUCGCAAGGUUGCUGAAUUGGCAGUUCAAAAUUUCAUCACAAAUGACAAGGUCAAUGUUGCUGGGUUGGUACUUGCUGGAUCUGCAGACUUCAAAAACGAUCUCAACCAGUCGGACAUGUUCGAUAGUCGCCUCCAGGCGAAGGUCAUAAAGGUUGUUGAUGUUUCAUAUGGCGGUGAGAACGGCUUCAACCAGGCCAUUGAACUUGCCUCUGAAACUCUGGGAAAUGUCAAAUUCAUCCAGGAAAAGAAGUUGAUCGGAAAGUACUUUGAGGAAAUUAGUCAGGACACCGGCAAAGUUUGCUACGGCAUCGAUGACACACUCAAAGCAAUGGAAUUGGGUGCAGCGGAAACUCUGAUUGUCUACGAGAACCUGGAUAUUACCCGCUGGGUUCUCAAAUCCUCUAGUGGUAAUGAGGUCAUCCUUCAUACCACCAAGGCUCAGGAGGCAAACCGAGAACUUUUCAUGGAUAAGGAGACCGGUCAAGAAAUGGAGGUUGUCGAGCAGACUUCGUUCCUGGAAUGGCUUGCUGAAAAGUACAAGGAUUUCGGAGCUACAUUGGAAUUCGUGUCCGACAAAUCCAGCGAGGGAAACCAGUUCGUUAAAGGCUUUGGUGGCAUUGGGGCCAUGCUUCGCUACAAAGUCAAUUUCGAACAGCUUGCCGAUUAUGAUGACGAUGAUGAAUUCUAUGACGAGAGCGAGGAUGAAUGCCCAGAAGUCCCCAAGGUGGAUGUUCUGACGGCUCGCCGCGUAGAACGCAAGAGCGGCGCCAAUCAGAGCUUCAAGGCUACUUGCACGCCAUCCAGAAGCCUUGGUACUCAGAGCUCCACGAAGCUUGUCCGAGGGACGGACGAAUCAGGUGACAGUUUGGGUUGCUGUUGUGAAGCAGUCACUAUUUAG